AGUCUUUGUGACGAAACUCUUUUAUGCCGGCGAGGCAAAAGCACAGUAGUUGAACUUUGGGCACCCACACGACUCGAGUGACGAGUGGACUUAGAAGUCGCGGCUUACUUUUGGAGCCGGAUGAGGAAGUGUUUGGCGACAUCCUUGAAGCACUGAGCCCCAUGCAGUCCCCCCCGCGAGCCGCGACGCACUCAUGAUGCACUACUCCAACUGGCUGAUCGGCGUUAAAAACAGGGCCAACCUUCGCAAUGCGUGCAAGGCGGCGGCGGCGGACGACGGCUGGAGCAACCGCGGCCACGAGCCCGGCGACGAGACCGGAGAGCUCGGCGACACCGCCCACCUCUGGAAAAGGGGCUACAAAAUCAUCAAGAAAAUUGGCGAGGGCUCGUUCUCCGUGGUGGUGAAAACGCAGAACCUGAGGGACGGCAAGAUGUACGCGUGCAAGAUGAUGCACCAGACGGUCAACAGCGUGGAGCAGGCCAACAACCUGCAGGAGGUCCAGGCGAUGAGGCGGCUCGGCCCGCACGCGAAUAUCAUCCACCUGCACGAACUCAUCUUCAACAAGGAAAUGGGCACGGUUUCGCUGAUCUGUGAGCUGAUGGAGAUGAACUUAUACGAGUUUAUCCAAGAGAGAGAAACGCCGCCGCCUGAAUACACCGUCAGAAACUACAUGUACCAGCUGUGCAAGUCGCUGGACCACAUGCACAGCUGCGGGAUCUUCCAUAGAGACGUGAAGCCGGAAAACAUUCUUAUCAAACAAAACGUUCUGAAGCUGGGCGACUUCGGCCUGUGCAGGAGCGUGCACUCCAAGCCGCCGCACACCGAGUACAUCUCCACGCGCUGGUACCGGGCCCCCGAGUGCCUGCUGACCGAGGGCUACUACAGCCUCAAGAUGGACAUCUGGAGCGCCGGCUGCGUCUUCUUCGAGAUUAUGAGCUUAAAUCCUCUCUUCCCCGGCGCCCACGGGCUGGACCAGAUCGCCAAGAUCCACGAUGUGCUGGGCACUCCCGACCAAAGCGUCCUGCGCAAAUUCAAGCAGUCUAGAUCGGUGAACUUCAACUUCCCCGCCAAGAAGGGCAGCGGGAUCUCGCGUCUGCUGCCCAACUGCGCCGCCCCCGCCGUGUCGCUGCUGUACCAGAUGCUGGCCUACGACGCCGACGAACGCAUCACGGCCGCCACGGCCCUGAGGCACACCUACUUUCGGGAGAUGCGGUUGGCAGAAAUGAAAUGCGAACGUCUUCCCGGAGUGUGCGGGCUGUUUAAAGGCAUGGAAAAGAACACACCUCACAUCACCUCGGACCGAACCAGACUGUGGCGACCCACUCGACUCAGCAGACAAAUGAGGGGGAGACACGCCAGGGCCACACCUUUAAUAACGCACAACCCGAAGCACGUAGCCGAGCCCCUCGGCCGACGCAACGCCGGACAUUACGAGCUGCCCAAAAUCAACGUGGCCGCCCCGGGCCCGCAGGGCUCCGUCCCGGGCUCCACGCCGCCCGCCUUCACCCUCACCCGCCGGGGCACCUUGCCCGCCAUCGUCUCUAAAAAGAGCUAGUCACGCUUGGCCAAGGUGAUCACAUUCAUUACUUGCUUUAAAAAAAAAUACACCAACAUCUAACUUUUUUUUAACAUUCGAUAAAUAUACUUCUACCUAAAUACAUUUUAAUCCAUCUUCAGAUUUGACUGCACUUAAGAACAGGAGUUGAACCAGUACUACCUUUAGUUGAUGUUUAUUUUACUUUUUUCACACGCUUUCGACCCUGCGUUUUAAGUGGUGAUCCGGCUAAUUUGUGCAUUUUUUUUUAAAUGGCCGCAAGUGAGACCGGUAGAAUAUACGUGCUGAGGAAGAGACUUUUACCAGUCCGGCCUGCUAGCGCUGCGCUAGCAUGUUACUGGCGUGUCUCAUUUUUGACGGGUAUGUUUUUUUUAACCGCCCAUUAGCACGGCGCUAGCAUUAGCAAUAAACUCUCUUGUGUACCGUC